AUGGUUAACCGAGAGAUAAACGUGUGCCAACAAACAUGGGCCUUACUGUGCAAGAACCUGCUUAGAAAAAGGAGAAUGAAAAGAGACACUUUUUUGGAAUUUCUGUACACUUCAAUUAUACUGUUUAGUUUAUCCUUAACUACAGAGAUUCAUGAGGUUUAUGAUUUUUCACAUCUGCCGAAUGUGGACCUGGGACGUAUUGACUCUUUUAAUGACUCCAACUUUAUGAUUGCGUACACUCCUGUCACCCAUACAACUCAGGGAAUAAUGGAUAAAGUCUCUUUGGCCUCCUACAUGGCAGGAAUAACAGUAUUGGGUUUUCCAGAUGAAGAAAAUAUGACAGAACUUGUUUCAAGUCGUUAUCAUGACGUAGUGAGGGUUAUAUUCACCAACACGUAUUCCUAUCAUCUGAAGUUCCAUACAGGAACAAGGAUGCCAUCCAAGAAGGAGCAUGGGGACCACACAGCUCAUUGUUCUACAUAUGAAGAUAAUAUUAAUUGUGGCAUUUCACACUUCUGGACAGAGGGGUUUGUGGCUCUUCAAGCUGCCAUUAAUUCAGCCAUCAUAGAAGUCACAACAAAUCACUCAGUGGUGGAGGAGAUGAUGUCAGUUACUGGAAAAUACAUGAAGAUUGAUACUUUCAUUGGCCAAGGAGGAGUAGUGACUGAUUCCUUCCUGGUUUUUUGUAUUAUUUGUUUUUCCCCACUUGCCUACUACAUCUCAGCUGGUGUUACAAGAGAAAGGAAAAAGAUGAAGGGCUUGAUGACAGUGAUGGGUCUUCAAGAUUCUGCAUUCUGGCUGUCCUGGGGUUUGCUCUAUGGUGCCAUCAUCUUUGUUGUGAGCCUUCUCUUGACAUUUAUUAUAAAAUUGGUUCAGUUUGUCAUUUUGACUGGAUUCAUGGCGAUCUUCAGCCUCUUUUUCUUCUAUGGCUUAUCUUUGAUUUCUUUGUCUUUCUUAAUGAGUGUCUUACUAAGGAAGUCUUUCCUCACCGACUUUGUGGUGUUCUUUCUCACUGUCUUCUGCGGAAGCCUGGGAUUUGCAGCAUUGUACAGAAUCCUUCCUGGGUCCUUGGAAUGGGUUUUAAGUUUGCUCAGCCCCUUUGCCUUUAUGCUUGGAAUGGCCCAGCUCUUACACUUGGAUUAUGAUGUGAAUUCUAAUGCAGACCCAACGGGCAACCCAAAUGUAAUCAUUGCCACAAUUUUCAUGUUGUUCUUUGAUAGUGUCUUCUACCUGGUAUUGACAUUUUACUUUGAAAAGGUUUUACCAAGUGAAUAUGGACAACGACACUCACCCUUGUUUUUCCUGAAGCCGUCAUUUUGGUCACAGCAAAAUCAAGUCCUUGACUAUGAAAUUGACUCUGAGUUUCUUGAUGACUCAUUUGAACCUGUGUCUUCAGACUUCCAUGGGCAAGAAGCCAUCAGAAUCAGAAAUCUUACAAAAGAAUACACAGAAAGGUCUAAGCGCACAGAGGCUUUGGCAGAUCUGUCAUUGGACAUAUAUAAAGGUCAGAUCACUGCAAUCCUUGGUCACAGUGGAGCUGGGAAAUCAACACUGUUAAACAUCCUUAGUGGGCUGUGUGCUCCCACCAAAGGUUGGGUCACUAUCUACAAUAACAAACUCUCAGAAAAGACAGACUUGGAAAGUAUCAUCAAGCUCACUGGAGUUUGUCCACAAUGCAAUGUGCAAUUUGAUUUCCUCACUGUACGGGAAAAUCUCAGGCUGUUUGCUAAGAUAAAAGGGAUUCGAAAGCAUGAGGUGGAUAAUGAGGUACAAAGAGUUUUGAUGGAAUUGGAAAUGAAAAAUAUUCAGGAUACCCUCGCUCAAAACCUAAGUGGUGGACAGAAGAGAAAACUGACUUUUGGAAUCGCCAUUUUAGGAGACCCUCAGAUUUUCCUACUGGACGAGCCCACUGCUGGGCUGGAUCCCUUCACAAGGCACCGAGUGUGGAAUCUCCUGAAGGAGCGCAAAGCAGGCAGGGUGGUCCUCUUUAGCACUCAGUUCAUGGAUGAGGCUGACAUUCUGGCUGACAGGAAAGUGUUCAUCUCCAAGGGGAAGCUAAAGUGUGCGGGCUCAUCUCUGUUCCUGAAGAAGAAGUGGGGGAUUGGUUAUCACUUAAGCUUGCAGCUGAAUGAAACAUGUGUGCCUGAGAGAAUAACGUCGCUCAUCAAACAACAUAUCCCUGAUUCUAAAUUGUCAGCAGAAAGUGAAGGAAAACUGAGUUACAUAUUACCACUAGAAAGAACAAAUAAAUUUCCAGAUCUUUGUAGGGACCUUGAGAGAUGCCCAGACCUGGGAAUUGAGAACUGUGGUGUUUCUAUAACGACAUUGAGUGAGGUGUUCCUGAAACUGGAAGGAAAAUCAACAAUUGACCAGUCAGAUCUUGGUAUGUCAGAAGAUGUGCAAACUGAAAGGACAAGGGGCACAGGGAGGCCUACUGAAAUGGAACAACUUGUCUCUUUACUCACUGAGAAGACUAAUAUGAAGGUGGGCUUGGCACUCUGGUGGCAGCAACUCUGUGCAGUUGCCAGGCUCCGCUUCAGGAAGUUAAAACACGAAAGGAAAUCUUUCGUUUUUCUAAUUUUGAUUUUGGGGAUUGGACUUCUACAUAUUUUGUCAGCAAAUAUUGGCAUGAUAGCACGUGUGAGUGAUUACUGUUGGGAGCUGUCUCCUCAUAUGUACUUCCUCACCCCUGGCCAACAGCCACAUGAGCCUCUCACUAACUUACUGAUCAUCAACAAAACAGGAGCACAGAUUGAUGACUUCAUACACUCACUGGAGAAGCAAAACAUAUCUUUGGAAAUUGAUGCCUUUGGGACUAGAAAUGGCACAGAAGAGACUCUCUACAAUGGAGCUAUCAUACUGUCAGGUGGUGAGAAUAGUUUCAAGUUUACAUUGGCAUGCCACACCAAGAGACUGAACUGUUUUCCGGUUCUGGUGGAUAUUGUUAGUAAUGGGUUGCUUGGACUGUUUACACCAUCAGCACACAUUCAGACUGACCGCAGCACAUUCCCUGAGGAUGAUACCCGUGGACCGUUUGAUUAUGUGCCUUAUUUCAUUUCAUGGAUCCUUUUCAUGGCCUUUGUUCCACCUUAUAUUUCCAUGACAAGCAUCGAUGACUACAAGAAUGGAGUUCAGCUCCAGCUGUGGAUUUCAGGCCUCUGCCCAUCUGCAUACUGGUUCGGGCAGGCUCUGGUUGAGGUUCCAAUCUACUACAUCCUCAGUUUGUCUAUGUGUGUUGCAUUCUAUGCCUCAGCCCCCCAAGAGACUAUGCUUACAACUAAAGAUCUGCUUUUUCAGAUUCUGUAUGUUGGUGGUUAUGCCAUGUCAAUUAUUUUUAUGACUUAUGUGAUUUCAUUCCUUUUUCGAAAGGGGAGGAAAAAUAGUGGCAUUUGGUCAUUUUGCUUCUAUAUUGUCGCUCUCUGUUCUAUACUUUUGAUAUUUACUGAUUACUUUCUAGACGACUUACUGUUUUGUAUCAUUGCCCUAAUCCCGCCUGCUACUCUGGUAGGCUGCACAAUGCUACAUUUUCAGUAUUGUGCACUUUGUGAUAUAGGUCUUGAAGAGGCAACAUCGGACUAUACCUUUCUGUUGUUCCUAGUAUCUUUCCUUCAUUUUGCCAUCUUCCUCGUUAUUCUUCGAUGUCUGGAAAGCAAGCUUGGAAUGAAAACAAUGAGAAUGGAUCCUGUUUUCAGAAUUUCUCCAAGAACUGAUCGUGUAUUUAACAAUCCAGAAGAACCAGAAGGGGAAGACGAAGAUGUGCGUCUAGAAAGAGAACGGACAGCAAAUGCUUUGACUUCUGUUGACUUCCAAGAGAAGCCAGCCAUCAUUGCCAGCUGUCUUCGCAAGGAGUACAAGGGAAAGAAGAAAUGCUUUGUUCCUAAGAGCAAAAAGAAGUUAGCAACAAGAAAUAUCUCUUUCUGUGUUCGAAAAGGUGAGGUUGUAGGAUUAUUGGGACACAAUGGAGCUGGUAAAAGCACAUCCAUUAAGAUAAUAACUGGAGAAGCAAAACCAAGUGCCGGACAGGUUCUGAUGAAAGGGAGCAGCAGAGGAGACACUCUGGGAUUCCUGGGGUACUGUCCUCAGGAAAAUGCUCUGUGGCCCAACCUACUGGUGAGGGAACACCUGGAGAUAUUUGCUGCCGUGAAGGGGAUGAGCAAAGGCGACGCUGCAGUGGCCAUUGCACGGUUGGCAGAUGCGCUGAAGCUGCAGGACCAGAUGAGGGCUCCCGUGAAGACAUUGUCAGAGGGAGUGAAGAGAAAGCUGUGCUUUGCACUGAGCAUCCUGGGGAACCCGUCGGUGGUGCUUCUGGAUGAGCCCUCAACCGGGAUGGACCCCGAGGGGCAGCAGCAGAUGUGGCAGGCCAUCCAGGCCACCUUCACAAACACAGAGAGGGGCGCCCUCCUGACCACACAUUACAUGGCAGAAGCAGAGGCUGUGUGUGACCGGGUGGCCAUCAUGGUGUCUGGAAGGCUGAGAUGUAUUGGAUCCAUCCAACACCUAAAGAGCAAAUUUGGCAAAGAUUACCUGCUGGAGAUGAAGGUGAGGAUCCCUGCACAGGUGGAGGCCCUCAAUGCAGAGAUCAAGAGACUUUUCCCCCAGGCUGCUCGUCAGGAGAGGUACUCUUCUCUGAUGGUCUAUAAACUGCCCAGGGAGGAUGUGCAACCUUUAUCCCAAGCCUUCUUCAAAUUAGAGACAGUUAAACAGAGCUUUGACUUGGAGGAGUACAGCCUCUCACAAUCCACCCUGGAGCAGGUCUUCCUGGAGCUCUCCAAGGAACAGGAGCUGGAUUGUUUUGAAGACGAACUUGAUCCCUCAGUGCAGUGGAAGCUCCUCCCACAGGAAGAGGCUUAAUACUGAAAUUAUUAGCUAUGGAUGUUUUCCUCUAGCAGCUUAAAAUAAUUUCGUCUUUAUUGCUACAUAUCCGUUGCUGAUGAAUAAAUCAUUUGCUCAUGGAGACAGAGGCUGCUGAUUAGGUCAUGAAUGUGAAGCUCUUAUGAAAGGGAUUAGAUGGGAUCAGUGACCAUAAAAAGAGCCAUUGGUCUAGCUCAUUCUCUACAAGUUUUCUUUAUAGUGUCGUCAUUGUAACACACAUUAAUUGCAUGCAUGAAUGAGUUUCACUGUGACAUUUCAGCACAUGUAUACAUUGUGCAUAAAGACGCCAUCUUCUUUUCUGUCCUUUCCCACCGUCCUUCCCUCAACCCCCUUCAUAGUUCUUUAUGUCCUUCUUCUGCUUUCAGAUAUUUUGACUUGUGUAUUUCUGCAUGUAAGAGAAAACAUGCACUUCUUGACUUUGUAUCUGGCUUAUUGGGCUCAACACGACGCACCCCAAUUCCAUGUAUUUUCCUUCAGAUAACAGGGCUUCCUUCUUCACUACAGGUGAAUGAUACUGUUGCUUUAUACCUUCAAUAUACUUAGAAUAUACUGUUACUUUAUACCUUCAUUUGUUGAUGGGUCUCUAGGCUGAUUCUAUAUCUUAUAUAUUGUGAAUAGUAUCUCAAUAAGCAUGAAUAUGCAUGUAAUUAGUUUUUUAAAGUUGACUCACUUAUUUUAGACAUACACAUAAGAUUGGAUUACUUUUAGGUUAGGUGCACUUUUCAGUCCUUCAUACAUCAAGGGUAUCAAGCUUACAACAGAUGACGCGCUGGCAAAUACUUCCUCCUCCUCUGCUUUGACGACUGCUUACUCUGUAUAAAACCCUGUGCCGGUUAGUUUUUGUCAGCUUGACACAUCCGGGAAGAAGGAAUCUUAAUUGGGAAAAAUGCUUCCGUAACAUUAGCUUGAUAUAACUUGUCGGAAGAAAACAAUACCUCAUGGUGAACAGUGAGAGGGGCUUCAGGAGAAAAGGCAGAGGGCCUUUCACCUCAGGUGCAUUUUGUUCUCUGGAUUGUUCUUGGAUGUGAUUCACGCCUCCUGUGACAAACACUGACAUUCAGUUUAUAAGACAUGUUUGUUCUUGCGGGAUGUCAGAAACCAGUCUGGUGAAAGGAUAUUCUGAGUGCUGUCCGUGGUGUAGCCUGAAUCUGGAUAUGGCCUUCUGUCUUGCUCUCCUGCUGUGAUGGCUGUGAUCUGGAAUUGUGACCUAAUAUAAAUAAAUCUUUUCUCCCCUAAGUUGCUUUUGGUCAUGAUAUUCUAGCACAGCAACAGAAAUUAA